AGUAAACAAAGUUUGCGGUCAGAUAAUUAAAGACAUGAAGAGUUCCGAAAUGAGUAAAGUUGAGGAAGAGGUACUCACGUUACUGAAAAAAGAUGCUACAACUAGUGAACAGAGCAUUUCUAGCUUAAUGUCCAGUGCUUCAACAAUCCAAGAUGAAAAUUUCCGGGUGGCUAAGCACGCAGAGAUAAGUUUAAAAUGCAUGGAAAAUUAUUUACAUAAGCAACAGCUUACUGAUAUUGUUUUAAUUGCCGGUGACAAACGUUUCUCAGCGCAUCGACUAGUGCUUAGUGCUAGCUCAGAAUACUUUGCUGCAAUGUUUACUAGCUCGUUACGAGAAUCGAAUCAAAAUGAAAUAGAACUGAAAAAAGUUGACCCUGAUGCUCUAUGGGCUUUGAUUCAAUAUUGUUAUACAGGAAUCAUAGAAUUGCGAGAAGAGAGUGUAGAAACUCUUUUAGCAACGGCUAAUUUAUUGCAAAUAGAUGCUGUCGUGAAGGCUUGUUGUCAAUUUUUAAUAAAACAGCUUCAUCCUAGCAAUUGUCUGGGCAUACGUAUGUUUGCUGAUACUCAAGGUUGUGGACAUUUGUUGAAUGUCGCUCACACUUAUGCAACCGUACACUUUAUGGAAGUAAUGAAGAACCAUGAGUUUUUCUUAUUGUCUGCUGACGACGUUGCUAAGCUAUUAGAAUCCGAUGACUUGAACAUUCCAGAUGAAGAAAUUGUAUUCCAAGCAUUGAUAAGUUGGCUUCAAUAUGAUUUGGAUAAUCGGCGUAAAGACGCUGGUAGACUUUUAGGAUUAGUGCGAUUACCUUUACUGUCACCUAUUUUUAUAGCCGAUCACAUAGAUGAAAACGAGAUAUUUAAAAAUGAACGACGAGCUCAUGAAUUGGUAAUGGAAGCUCUAAAGUAUCAUUUACUACCUGAACGUCGUCCUCUACUUCAGUCAUGCCGUACACGACCCCGUAAAGCCACCGUAGGACAAUUGUUAGCAGUCGGCGGAAUGGACGAUCACAAGGGUGCAACGUCAAUAGACGCAUUUUCUCCUUGUGAUAAUACUUGGAAAAAUUUAGCAAGUAUGAAUGGCCGUCGUUUGCAAUUCGGAGCAGCUGUAGUCGAAUCUAAGCUGAUUAUCGUAGGUGGUCGUGAUGGAUUAAAGACUCUAGACAGUGUUGAGAGAUUAGACUUUUCAACGCUCAAGUGGAGUAGACUACCGCCAAUGAAUACUCAUCGUCACGGGCUAGGUGUAGCUAUACUCGGAGGACCUUUGUAUGCUGUCGGUGGCCAUGAUGGAUGGGGUUUUUUGCAGACAGCAGAGAGAUGGGAUCCCAAUACUCAAGAGUGGAGUUUGAUUGCUCCAAUGCCACAAGCAAGAUCUACUGUUGGAGUAGCAGUUCUUAACGAUAAAUUAUAUGCUGUGGGUGGAAGAGACACUAAUUCAUGCCUAAAUACAGUAGACUGUUAUGAUCCUCACACCAACAAAUGGACAAGGUGCGCACCAAUGUUCAAACGAAGAGGAGGUGUAGGUGUUGGAGUGGCUAAUGGUUGUAUUUAUGCUCUCGGUGGUUACGAUGUUGCUGCCAAAGGUUCUAAUGCUUGUCGUUAUGAUAGUGUUGAGAGGUAUGACCCUAAAACUGAUACUUGGACGAUGGUUGCUCCAAUGAGUGUUGCUCGCGAUGCCGUCGGUGUCUGUCUACUGGGUGAUCAAUUAUUUGCAGUUGGAGGCUACGACGGACAGCAAUAUCUCACUCUUGUCGAGACUUAUGAUCCGAUUCUCAAUGAAUGGCAUCAGGUAUCACCGCUCAGAACUGGAAGAGCAGGACCUUGUGUUAUUCUCAAAGAUCCCAUCGGCUAA